AUGGUUAAGGCAGAUGUCAUUGUCGGGAUCUUUGGGAACAUUCUGUCCAUACUAACUUUUCUAGCUCCAAUAGGGACAUUUCGAAAAAUUGUGAAGAACAAGUCGGCUGAGAAUUAUGAUGGAUUCCCAUACAUAACGACGCUUCUGAGCACAAGCUUUUGGACUUUUUAUGGGCUUCUGGAUCCGGACGACGGUAUCCUAAUUGUCACAGUAAACAGUGUCGGCGUAGUCUCGCAAAUCUUCUAUAACACAAUAUACCUUCUCUAUGCUCCCAGGAACAAAAGGGUUAAGUCGCUGAGAUUGUUGGCGAUUCUAAACGUAUUGGUUCUCGGGACGGUCAUAGCAGUGACUCUUCUGGCCUUCCAUGGCGAUGCUCGACGAACUUUCAUCGGAGUUCUCUGUGCAACGGUCACCAUAGGAAUGUAUGCAGCUCCUCUGAAAGGCAUGGGAACGGCGAUAAGAACAAAGAGUGUGGAGUACGUGCCAUUUUUCCUAUCGUUCUUCCUGUUUCUGAACGCCGGCGCCUGGUUCACCUUUGCCAUGCUGCUCAAAGAUUUCUAUGUCCUUGUGCCAAAUGCGGUUGGAAUCGUGCUGGGCGCAGCCCAGUUAGGCAUCUACAUGGUUUACCGGAAGCGGUCGCCGGCGGCGAUGGAGAUGGAUGAAGAGGGCGGUGUGAAAAGGAGUGAUCCCGUUGAGAACGACGACGAUGAAGCUCAUGGCAAGAACAAAUUAGGAGCAAGUAUUCGGAGCCCAUCCUUGUCCAGACAACACAGCUUGAAGGAAACCAUGAAGGGCAACGAGGAGUUGGAUGUUGAAAAUGGGGGUGGUGAGCCCGGGUAUGACGAGGACACUUGCUGUUGGUUAGGACUUGGGAAGAAUCACAAUUUUGGGAGGUAUGAUUGCUUCAGGAGGAUAUCCGACUUCGAGAGGAAAGUCUACGGGAGGAGGUGCAACUUCGAGAACAGGUUUGAGCGCCUUGAAUAG